AUGGGUUUCUUCGAUAGCUGGGACGGCGCCUCCGUCAUAUCACGGAAGUCUUCACACAAGCACCACAAGUCCUCUUCGCACAAGCACCACCACAAGCGUUCCAAGUCUCGAUCUACCUCUCGCCACAGGCACUCCAAGUCGAACCCGAACCUGGCUGAUUUCUUCGGCAUGGACAGCGGUCACUAUAACAAACACAAUGCUUCCAAAGGCUCGUUCUUCAACCUGGGUCACAACAGCAGCACAAGGAGCUUCUUUGGCCUCGGCCGCUCGUCCUCGUACUACAAACGCCAACCUCGAUCCAACUUCAUGCAGCGCAUGCUGAAGCAGUUGAAACGUCUCCUCCGCGAUCUUGUAUACUAUGCCAAGCGUCACCCCAUGAAGGUCUUCAUGUUGGUCAUUAUGCCCCUGAUCACGGGCGGUGCUCUUACAGCUCUGCUGGCCAGAUUUGGGCUCCGUCUCCCCCCGGGCAUCGAGCGCAUGCUCGGCAUUGCCGCCAAGACGGCCUCUGGCGACAGCUUCGGCCUGAUGGGUGAGGCUGUCAAGAUGGCUUCCGGUCUCGGUGGCUCCGGCAGCGUCAGCGUCGACCGUGGCCACAACGGGCACAUGCAGUGGGAGCGCCGCAGUUACCAAGACGAUGGCUGGGGUGAUGGCUUGAUGAAAGGCGUCACGAAGAUGUUCUGGUGA